AUGUGCGGACUGAAGAAGCUCUCUCACGCAGAACGGUUGGUAUCGGCGAUUUGGCUCGAUCGAGGCGGUUUCAUCCACCUCCGAGGACCAAACGCCUGGACUCUGACUCAUCACGCACCGCCCGAACCAUUGAGCGAAACACCGGUCCACGUCAUCACUUCGCAGAGGAGGGGGACGGAGUGUCGAGGUCAAAAUCAAUACGGCUGGGAGUUGUCAUGUAUAACAUUUUGUGGGUGUGCUGGUCGCUUUCGGAUUGGUGUCAGGCCAUUUGCUCGACUUUGUGUGCGUGGGCGGAGUCUGGCGGAUCCAAUGGCAGUCUAA